AGGCUUGUUUCCAUCAGUAUCACCAAUGGACCAGUAUUCUGUGGCAUGGUUGGGGCAGUAGCAAGACAUGAAUAUACAGUUAUUGGCCCAAAAGUCAGCCUAGUGGCCAGAAUGAUAACUGCUUAUCCAGGUUUGGUGUCCUGUGAUGAGGUAACAUAUCUAAGAUCCAUGCUACCUGCUUACAACUUCAAGAAACUCCCAGAGAAAAUGAUGAAAAACAUCUCCAACCCAGGGAAGAUGUAUGAAUACCUGGGCCAUAGAAGAUAAUGUUUGGGAAGAGACAUUUGGCCAGAGAGAGAAAUAAAAAUCACCUUUUGUUAGACCGGGAGAAAGAACUGGAAGCCUUCCAAAUGGCCCAGCAGAGAUGUUUGCACCAGAAGAAAGGACAAGCAGUUCUGUAUGAAGGUGGAAAAGGCUAUGGAAAAAGUCAGCUGUUAGCUGAAAUAAACUUCCUGGCCCAGAAGGAAGGGUACAGGGUGUUGCCAUUGAAGCUGAAGGAAGCAGAUUCCACACAGUGCUUCUAUGCCGUCCAGACCCUCAUGGCCAUCUUCUUCGAGAUUGAUACAUGCCCAGCCUAUAACCGGCAAGAGUGCCUACGCAAACAGCUCCAGGGGAUGGUGCAGGAACCACUUCAUUGCCUGUUUAAUGACCUCUUCUUUGUGAAGUUUCCCUUAUCCUUCGAAGUUUCACACAUGGAUGACCUGGCCAGACAAAAGAAAGUUAAAGCAUGUUUUUUUCAAGUGCUUCAGAAGGCAGUGAGGGAAACACCACUGAUUUUCCUCAUUGAUGAGGCCCAGUAUAUGGAUGCAGCUUCCUGGGAGUUUUGGGGAACGUUGCUCUCCAGUGUGCCCAUCAUCAUGGUGAUGACAUUGACCCUUCCCUUCACCCUGUGUGGCUGGGCCCAGCACUUCCUGCAGAGCCCUCAGGCUAUCCUUGUGCCCAUUUCGAAGUUGGCAGCGACCUCACUGUUGAGAAUGGCAUGUUGGGAACUGGGUGUGGUGAGCAUCCCCCAAGAGCUGCAGAUCUACCUUCUCCACAGGUGCUUUGGAAACCCCCUCUACUGUGAGGUCCUUUGCCAGGACCUUCUCUCUAAGGACAUAUUGCUGUUUCGUGACCUACAAAAGGAAGAGGAGGAGAACAGCAAGUGGGAGAGCCUCUCAGCCACUGCUAUGAAAUCCACAAUGUACAGUAUUUCUCCUGCCACCUUUGAAGAAGACCAGGAACUUUAUGUCUGCACAGUCAAGGAUGAUGUGAACUUGGAUACAGUGCUUCUCCCACCAUUGUUAAAAGAAAUAGCAGUAAACCAACUGGAUCAGUUAAGCCCAGAGGAACAGUUGCUGGUUAAGUGUGCUGCAGUCAUUGGUCACUCCAUCCACGUAGAUCUGCUGCAGCACCUCCUGCCUGGCUGGGAUGAAAAUAAGCUGCUUCAGGUGCUGAGGGCUCUUGUGGAUAUGCACGUGCUCCGUUGGUUCACCCAGAGCCAGGAGCUUCCUGCUGAGCCAAUUUUAGAGCCUUCCUCUAUUGAGAUUAUUAAACAAACCAAAGAGAAGGAAAAGUCAGAUCCUGGCUUUCCCCUCAGGCUACAAAAGGAACUCUCCCUACCUCAGACUGAGUUGCUAGAAUUUGGAGUGCCUCUAUUAAGGGAAGCUGCUUGGGAGCUGUGGCCCAAAGCACAACAGAUAGCCCUGCACCUUGAAUGUGCCUGCUUUCUCCAAGAUUUGGCCUGCCGCUGUGGGAGCUGUCAUGGGGGGGACUUUGUCUCCUUCCACCGUUUUGCCAUCUGUCCUACUAAAAGCUCCAGUGGGACCUCCCGGUUCUGUAGUUACAAAGAUACUGGCUCAGUACUAACACAAGUGAUCACAGAGAAAUUGCAGCUGCCUUCUCCCCAAGAUAGUUUUCAGUUCCAGACAAAACCAUCCAGAAGUCAGGAGGUCUUCACAAGUGAACACUGCAGAACUGAGGAAGAGUUCCUGGAUCAAGUAAACAGGAAGCUGGCUCAGGGCAGCCCCGAGAAGGAUGUAUUGACCACGAAGCCCUGUCACUGUGAGGAAAUCCUGAAAUUGGUGCUGUCACCCCUCACCCAGCACUGCCUGAUCAUCGGAGAAACCACUUGUGCAUUUUAUUACCUGCUGGAGGCUGCCGCUGCCUCCUUGGACCUGUCAGACAAUUACAUGGCCUUCUUUUAUCUGAGGAAGGCAAGCAGUCUUCUGGGACAACACUCAGCAUUCUCAUUUUUGAAAAAGCACAAGGUGAAGAUCUGUCAGUUUGAGGAGGCCGCUUUCUGCUCUCUUCGGUCAGAGGUCUGUUUCAACAUGGGACAGAUCACCUUGGCCAAAAAAUUGGCUAGGCAAGCCCUUCGACUGCUGAAAAGGAAUUUUCCUUGUACCUGGUUUGGUGUCCUUUUCCAAACAUUCCUGGAAAAAUAUUGGCAUUCCUGGUCCCUGAACCAACCUCCAAACAACCCUAGUGAGAAUAAGAAAAAGUUGGCCAUCCUGCAGCAGCAGGUACACUGCCUCUCCCUGCUCUGGCAGCUCUAUAACCUGGAGGCCACAGCCAGCAGCCGCAGGUUUGCCUGCCUGGCCACUCUUAUGCAGAAGAAUUCAGCUGAGGAGUUUGCAAAUGAAGCCCAGGUUGUCUCUGCCUACGUGGCCCUCUCCCAGUUCUCCCAGAACAUGGGUGACAGAGAGAAGUGGCUGCACUGUGAGCAGAUGGCCAUUCAGAAAAGCAGCCUGUGUUGGUUCUCCAGGGAGGGGUUGUUGGCCACAGCCCAGCUCAUGCAGGCCUUGGCCUACACCAAGCUCUGCCUUGGCCAUCUUGACUUCUCCAUCAAGUUGGGUUUUCAAGCUCAUGAGAUAUGCAGACACCUCAAGAAACCAGCUCUAGAGAAUCUGGUUCUCUCAGUUCUCUUCAGAUCUGCAUUUCUGAAGAAGAAAUUUGAUCUGUGUGUCCAUGUGCUGGAGAGUCAGUGGGCGCUCAUUUCCCAGGGUCAUGAUGUCCUUGGCCUGGCCUGCUUCUAUUCUGCUUGCUUAGAUCUGCUGCUCUAUGGAAAAGGAUUGCUGUGUCGUCCUUUUGGGGAGUGUCUGCGUUUCAUUCAACACUAUGAGCACAGCUGCGUUCUAACCUCGCAGAGCAAUGUCAUGCUGGGGGUCCACUCCUCUCUGGCCAUGUGGUUUGCCCAGGGCUCGCAGUGGAACCUAUUUGAGCACCACUUCUCCAAGGCUCGCCAGUUGGUGAAAAGAACCAAUGCCUCACUGUUUGGUUCACACGGCUUUGUUCGAUUCCUGGAGUGCCACGUGCUCAUGUUACAGAAAAUGCCAGAGGGUCUCUUCAUGCGUAUUCCCCCAGAGACUCAUAGCCACACCCUUAAGUACUUUAAGGAGUUCUUCUCUCGAUGUGUGACCUGCCCUGUCUAUCACCAGUGGGUCUCUGAGCUUAAAGCCUCUGUAAUGAGAUAUGGAAAGAGAGAAUCCAUGUCCAUGACCAACAUCAUAGGACCUUUUGACACCUGCUUCACCAGGAUUUGGAUAGAGGGAGACUUCCCGGAGGAAGACAUCUCCUUUGAAGGAAAUUUAGGAAUACAGAGAUUUGACAGAGUGGCUGAUGUCAAGGAGAAUAAGGAUGAAGAAGAAAUUCAAGAAUGUAUAUGUUAAAACAACAACAAAAAAUCAUCUGAAGGGAUCAUGAUUCUCUUAUUGUAUAGAAGACAAAGAAAAUGCCCCAAGUUCUCCUUUUUAAGAUACUGUAUAGUGUACAUAUUAAAUAUGCUAGCCUUUUACAGUCACCACUGUCUAUAUCUUUGUCAAAAUA